UCGUGUCUUGGAUCCGGACGGGGGUCACUAGUCUCUUUGUGUCUUUUUGCUGAAGGAUUCAGUUGGAGAAGGGACCUGAGGUCGACACACACAGCAGCCAUGGCAGACAAGAAGAAGUCAAAAAGCGCUACUGUCUGUGGCUACCCAAUAAGCAUCUUUUUCAUUGUGGUCAAUGAGUUCUGCGAGCGUUUCUCCUACUAUGGCAUGCGAGCCGUGCUGGUGCUGUACUUCAAGUACUUCCUGAGGUGGGAUGAUGACUUCGCCACCACUAUCUACCACACCUUUGUGGCUCUCUGCUACCUGACACCCAUCCUGGGAGCCAUUGUGGCUGAUUCAUGGCUCGGCAAGUUCAAGACCAUUGUUUACCUGCCAUCGUUUAUUACGCUGGGGCAGAUUGUCAUGGCAAUAAGUGCCAUCCAUGACAUCACAGAUACAAACAAAGGCAUUCCCGACAACAUGACCUUCCACAUCUCUGCUCCAUGGUGGGUUUGAUCCCUUAUUGCCCUGGGAACGGGAGGCAUCAAACCCUGCGUGGCUUGCCUUUGCGGUGGAGACCAGUUUGAAGACCAUCAGGAGAAGCAGAGAAGUACCUUCUUCUCCAUCUUCUACCUGUCAAUCAAUGCUGGCAGUCUGCUGUCCACUGUCAUCACCCCCAUCCUAAGAGCUCAGGAAUGUGGCAUUCACACCCAGCAGAAGUGCUACCCUCUGGCCUUUGGUGUCCCCGCUGCUCUCAUGGUGGUAGCUCUGAUUGUGUUCAUUGUUGGAAGUGGGAUGUACAAUAAGACUGCCCCUCAAGGCAACAUCAUUGUGCAAGUCUGCAAAUGCAUCGGGUUUGCUAUCAAGAACCGCUUCAGGCAUCGUGCUCCUGAACACCCUAAAAGAACCCACUGGAUGGACUGGGCUGAGGAGAAAUACGAUAAACUCCUGAUUGCGCAGGUGAAGAUGGUGCUGAAAGUGCUCUUCCUCUACAUCCCUCUUCCCAUGUUCUGGGCUCUCUUUGACCAGCAGGGCUCAAGAUGGACCCUCCAGGCAACCACCAUGGACGGCGACUUUGGAGCUCUCAUAAUCCAGCCCGAUCAGAUGCAGACUGUCAACCCUAUCCUGAUCCUGGUUUUGGUGCCAAUCAUGGACAGUGUGGUCUACCCACUGAUUUCCAAGUGCAAAUUAAACUUCUCUCCACUGAAGAGGAUGACUGUGGGGAUGUUCCUUGCUGCUCUCGCCUUCAUCGCUGCCGCCCUGGUCCAGAUACAGAUUGAUCAAACCAUGCCUACGUUCCCAUCAAGCACUGUAGGCCAAGGGAAGUUCAUCAACAUGGUUAACAGAACGUUGGACAUUAAAGCUGGAACCAACAGCUUUACCUUGGAGUCUUACAAGGCCAAUGAGGAUUACUUUAACUUUGAAGGAGCAUUUGAGCUGAAUCUGGGGUCUGGAACCCCUUAUAUAGGCAACAUACCAGGUGGCACUCGGGCAACUGUUGUCAUCAUUCAGGAUGCAGCCAACCCCAAACCUACACCGUUCAUAGACAUCAAGUCAAAGCCGGAACAGGGCAGUAACGCUAUCAGAUUUUUUAAUGGUUUUGGCUCGGUUUUGAAUGCAACAGUGGGUACCCUGGAGUUUGGGAACACCAUCACCAACAACAUGUCAGAUUAUGUUAACGUACCACAGGGAAAUGCAAACUUCCAUAUCAGGGGCAAUGACGGACAAGAGUGUGUCUACACUCAAAAACUGGGCUUCGGCAGCUCGUACACUUUGAUCAUCCCGCCAACUUUCGCAUUUGGACCAAAUUGCGCAAGCAGCAUCCAACCAGUGGUUGACAUCAAGCCUAACAUCGUCCACAUGGCCUGGCAGAUUCCUCAAUAUUUCCUUAUCACUGCAGGAGAGGUGGUCUUCUCUGUCACCGGACUGGAGUUCUCCUACUCACAGGCACCCAGCAACAUGAAGUCUGUGCUGCAGGCUGGUUGGCUGCUAACUGUUGCUGUCGGUAACAUCAUUGUGCUCAUUGUCGCUGAGGCUGCAACGCUCCCAGAUCAGUGGGCCGAGUACAUCCUCUUCGCCUCUCUGCUGAUCUUAGUGUGCAUCAUCUUUGCCGUCAUGGCCUAUUUCUACUCCUACAUUGACCCAGCCAAGAUAGAAGCCGAGUUUGCCCACAAGGAGCCUGAAGAUAAGGAGAAGAGGAAGAGUUUGGAGAUGGCCAAGAAGGACUCGGUUGAGCACCACAAGGAGGACAGGAGGAGUUCUGACUCCAGCUCUGACGAAGAGGAAGCCAAACAGACCAAUUUGUAAACCCUCCCUCGUAUACAAAUGCUGCUUGGUUCUGUGUUUUAUAUCUGAGAGUGCCUGUGUCAUGAAGUUGUUUUUCUUUUUUGGGGGGGUCAUUUUGUCAAUGCAGUCUUGUGCACUGCUUGACAUGAAGUGAUUACGAUGAAUGGAUGACCUGAGUGACAUGGUGCUGAAGUUGGACGAACACGCAGAGCUUAGAUGGUUAAGCUCUUGGUAGACAGUGUAAGUGGAGAAUCUUGGCAGGGAUAUUUCAAACACUCUUGUCACCAUUUCGGCUCAAAAUAUUGAGAGAAUAUUCCUUUUUUAGAGGUUAUACAUAUAAUUAAAAUCCCUGGAUCUUAAGUGGUUAGUAAUUUCUGCUUUGGCUGUUGUAAAUUAGUUUUUACAAUGAUUUAUUUUGCACUGUGUAGCAACAUUUUUAUGUAAUUUUAGUUUCAUAGGCUUUUGUACUGUACUGGAGUACACAUACAAUGAAACCAUUCCAACAUUUGUAUUUAUUUCCAAGCACAGUGUUGUAUGUAUUGUAAUAUAUUGUCACUGUUUUAUAUGUAUACGAUGUCCUCAUCUGCUCCAAAGGAAAAAUCUAACAGCAAAAGACUGUUUAUUCAGUCAGAAAAUGUUUAAUCAUAUUCCAUAUUCAACCCUCAGAGUUCAUUCUGGCCUGGGACAAUAGCUGCUCACCAAGGUCUUCAAUAAA